AUGUCACACCAACUCAUCUGCUCUAAAGGCCCGGAAUCCAUCCAAGGCUUGCCGGAUUUCCAAUUCCAAACCAUCCCCAACGGCAUGCCUGACUCAGAUCGAGACGCCACUCAAGACAUACUGAUGCUUUGUGACAUGACCAGAAAGACAUGUUUAGUUCCGUUCAAGGAGUUGUUGCAGAAGUUGAACUCGUCGGCCGGAGCCCCAGCAGUUCCGUUUUGGACUGCUUCGGCAUGUGCUUUCAUGGGUCUUUUGCAUUAUCGAGAGUUCAUCAAAAGAGGAAUUGUUCCUUUUAAAGAUGACAAGUAUCUAACAGAUGGAGCAUUGGAAAAAACAAUCGAUUGGAUCCUGGGGAUGAGCAAUAUUCGUUAUAAAGAUGUUCCAAGUUUCAUUAGAACAACAGAUCCCGAUGAUAUCAUGUUGGAUUUCAUGGGGGAGGAGGCUCAAAAUAACUUGAAUGCUCCAGCGAUCAUCUUUAACACUUUCGAUGCAUUAGAGCACAAAGUAUUAGAAGCCAUUACAUCCAAAUUCAAUUACCCCAACAUUUUCACAAUUGGCCCUCUUCCUUUACUAGCCAAAUACGUUCCAGAUGAUAGUUUACUGAAUUCGAGUUUAUGGAAGCCAGAUUCCUCAUGUUUGCAAUGGCUAGACCAGAAGAAAGAAGGAUCUGUUAUCAAUGUCAAUUAUGGAAAUGUGACGAUGGGGGAUGAAGAAUUCUUGAAGGAGACGAAGGAUAGAGGACUCAUGGUGAGUUGGUGCGCACAAGAGCAGGUUCUUGCCCAUCCAUCGAUUGGUGCAUUUUUAACACAUUAUGAGUGGAAUUCUACGAUUGAGAGCAUAUCGGAAGGUGUUCCGGUGAUCUGUUGGCCUUUCUUCUCAGAUCAACAAACAAAUUGUCGAUACUUUUGCAUUGAAUGA